GCUUACAUGUUUUAGUAUCUACCAAAACCUAUAGAUAUUCUUUAUAGUAAAAAGCAAUUUAAAAAAAAAACGUUUUUGAAAUGGCGGUACCUUCUGAAAUUUUGUACAACGUUUUAAUGCCAAGCUCAGAGAUGCCAGAGGGCUCAGAAAAAGUCAAAGGUUACGAUUUCAACGAAGGAGUUAAUUAUAACAAGCUCUUAUCAACUUAUGAAAAUAGCGGGUUUCAGUCAACGAACUUCGGAAGGGCUGUUGAAGAAAUUAAUAAAAUGAUACAAUUGAGGAAAGAACCACUCAGUGAAUCAAGUUUAAACAAAGUUUCAUUGAAUCCAAUCGACCGUUUGAAAACAAAUUGUUCCAUCUUUCUUGGCUUUACAUCGAAUAUGAUUUCAUCCGGCAUAAGAAGCACUAUUAGAUUCCUGGUUCAACACAACAUGGUGGACUGUGUGGUUUCAACAGCAGGGGGGAUUGAAGAAGACUUUAUUAAAUGUUUAGCUCCAACAUUUAUGGGGGAUUUUAAUCUAAAGGGAAAAGAUCUUCGUAUUAAAGGAAUAAAUCGAAUUGGCAAUUUAUUGGUGCCGAAUGUAAAUUAUUGUAAAUUCGAGGAUUGGAUAAUGCCCAUAUUUGAUGAAAUGUUAAAAGAACAGAAUGAAGAAAAGGUUAAAUGGACGCCAUCUAAAGUUAUCUGGAGACUUGGGAAAGAAAUUAAUGAUCCAGAAUCAGUUUAUUAUUGGUGUUAUAAGAACAAGAUUCCUGUAUUCAGUCCUGCUUUAACUGAUGGAUCCAUUGGUGAUAUGUUGUAUUUUCAUUCCUAUAAGAACCCUGGUUUAAUCAUAGACAUAGUGGAAGACAUUAGAUUAAUGAACAAUCAAGCAGUCUAUGCAGCAAACACAGGGAUGAUAAUCCUUGGUGGUGGAUUAGUUAAACAUCAUAUAUGUAAUGCUAACCUUAUGAGAAACGGUGCCGAUUUCUCUGUUUUUGUAAACACUGCUCAAGAGUUUGAUGGUUCGGAUGCUGGAGCUUCACCAGAUGAAGCUGUUUCAUGGGGAAAGAUAAAGAUGGACGCAAAACCAGUGAAAAUAUGCGCAGAAGCUACAUUAAUAUUUCCACUCUUGGUUGCACAAACGUUCGCGCGCGAUUUUCAUAGUAUAAAAAAGUGAACAGUUACACUCGUGUUUCUUAUUAAAACAAAACUUUUCAUUUCUAAGGAAUUUUAGUGAUAUAGGUGUAUGUAUACCAGUUUUUGUCUGAUGCAGUGUUCUGCUACAACUUAAAAUUAUAAAAUUACAGAAUAGAACAUGGUAUUUUAAGAAUAGAAUAUGAUAUUUUAAGACCUAUUAUAUCUCUUUUUAUCUUGGUUUGAUUUUUUAAAACUUGAAUAAAUAUCCAGUGUACUAAAUUGAAUAAAUGUCCAAUGUACUGGCACCAAGUCACUGUUGUAUAGGCUAUUAUUCUAGAGUUUAAAAAACAAAUGUGUUUUUUUUUGUUGCAAGCGAUUCUGUUACUAUUAAGUAAAAUAUUAUGUUAGAAAAUAUUUUCAAAGUACUGUACUUUUAAGUUUCAAUAAACGGAAAAUGUUGUUGUUUUAAUUCCAA